AUGAACGCUGGUACCAUCAAUCCAGAUGAUUUGGACACUGGAAACUUAAAUAGAGACACAACUUUGGAACACAAACAGGGGAUUCUUGAGGACAUUCAGAAAAUACACGAAGAAAGUUACCAAGCUAGACUUGGACUUCCAUCGGUCGCAAGAAUCACGCUGUUCAGUAUUGGUGGUGUUAUGGUCGGAGGUUUAGGUGGUAUGCUUGGAGGAUGGACAGAUGCAUCGUUAAGGUAUUUAGCCGCAAAUUCUCACCGAUUACCCACCUCUUACAAUGGAUGGUUCUUCUAUCAUAAACGUAAAACUUAUUAUUGUACAAAAAACGCAAUGGCAAAUGCAUUUAAAACGGGUUUCAAAGUUGGUGGAUUUGUUGGAACUAUGUUUACAAUUGAGGCUUUGCUUGAUAAGAUACGUGGUCAAGUGGAUUUUGUUAAUACAAUAAUGGCUGUUUCUCUACCAGGCUUUGCAUACACAUGGUAUUAUCAGCUUUCUAAAGUCCAAGCAAAGGAAGUUAUCCAUAAGGGUGGGAAAGUGGGAUUGUUAUUGGGUCUAUCACAGGAUGCCUUCCAAUUUUUCAGAGGUAUUGAUGUUUGGUACUUGAACCAGUGGUUUGGUAUAAAGCCAAUGAAAUUGUCCGAUAGGUUGAGGAAGUACGCUGGUGAGGAAAGGAAGGGAAAGAACUAA